GCUCUAUACAAUAUACACUAGUUCUUCUUUCUCUCUCUCUCUUUCUCUGACGCUAGAUAACCAAAUACCUUCAUAUACAUAGCUAUAUACACCAGCUCUACUCUUCCCAUCUCUCUCUAUAUAUAUAUUAUAGUAUAUAUCACUCUGUAUCUAUCUAUCUCUCUACUAAAGUUCCAUUCUAUAAACAUAAAAACCCAUCAGUUUCUUACAAAUGUCGUCGUCAUCAGGUGCUGAAGAAAUCGAAAUUAGUAACACAAGUACUACUUCACAAACCAGAAGACGCAAUAGCUUACAGAGAGUUUCAUCCUCUUCUUCUUCAAAGAAGUCGUUUUCGUCUUCUACAUCCUCAAGAACAAGUUCAACUGCUCCUUCGACUAGUGCUAAUACUACUAGCACUAAAGCCAUGGAAGAGGUUUGGAAAGACUUGAACCUUACAUCUCUCUCUGAGACUACCAAUACGAUUACCGUGCCGCCACUCAGCAACCACCCGAGCACUGCCGCCAACUACCGAAACAUGAUCUACCAAGACUUUCUAGCCAGACCCUUUUGCACUGAUCGCCCUCCGACCACCAUGGUCACUGCUCCGGCUCCGGCACCGGUCCCGUCCCCGGAAAGUCCUCUGUUUGGGUCUCCCCUGCCUCAGCCUGUUACCGCGCUGAGCUUGAAUUCUGGCCCUGAGUUUCCGUUUCUCGAUGGCAGCCUGACCGACCCACUUCGGCCUAACUCCCACCCCUUGCAGCCCGGCAACCCCAUCUCGAAUGUUUCAUCUUUCGCUAGCCCAUUCGAGAGUUUGGAUUCCUCUUCUAGCUUGUUAAACUCUUUUGGGAAGAAAAGGUGCCAAGCUGACGAUAAUGGCUCUGCUUCAGGGGACAGACGACACAAGCGGAUGAUCAAAAACCGAGAGUCAGCUGCUCGAUCACGAGCUAGAAAGCAGGCAUAUACAAAUGAACUGGAGCUUGUAGUUGCUCAAUUGAGUGAAGAGAAUGAAAGACUUAGAAGACUGCAAACACAGAUUACCGAAGUGCCUGUUGCUGAUCAACUUCCCAAAAAGCGUACUCUUCAACGAACGUUUACUGCUCCAUUUUAGUAUAAGCAUAUAAAUAUCUCAAUUCCUUUACUUUCCUAACACUAUAUCUCACUACCUGAGCGAGGGAAGGGGUCUCUUUUGAGUUGUUAUCACUAAUGGGGAUUUUUAAUGUUUAUAUAUAUAUGUGCUUUUGUUGGGGAAAGGAAGGUUUGAUAUCGAAACAUGUAAGUGGUAUUUUAAGGUUUAGAAUAGUGACUACUAGUCUUCUACUAAUGUUUUUGUUGUAACAAAAAAACAAAGUGUUUCUUUGUUAUUUCCUAAGAGGCUGGAACUUAACUUGGUGGGCCUCCUCUGUUUGUUUGUAUGUCUUUUGUUUGACUUGUAAACUUUUCUCUGUGCAUGGCAAAACUAAUUCUGUGGCUAGUGGCUACUAUAAA